CUUCAACACCCUAUAUAUUUGAAAUUGAGGCCAGAAGGUUUAAAGUAUUUUCUUCUAGGGUUUUUUACUUUUACCAACCAUGCCGUCUCAUAAAUCGUUCAAGAUCAAGAAGAAGCUAGGGAAGAAGAAGAGGCAGAACAAGCCUAUUCCUAAAUGGAUUGUUUUUCGCACCGGCAACACCAUCAAGUACAAUGCCAAACGUAGGCACUGGCGCCACACCAAAUUAAAGUUUUAGUUAAUGAGGAUGAAGAAGUUGUUUUAAUGCUUGAUAAUUAGGGUUUUAGUUAAAGUGCUGAUAUAUUUUGUUGAUAUUUGAUUCAAGUUUAAAGUUUAAGUGUUUGGUUAUGGAUUGUUUUCAGUUUAACACCAAGUUUUUGAUAUAUAUUUGAA